AUGGCGUUCCAUGAAGGCAUCACGGCUGAGCUCAACACCCGCUACAACGCGCCGCGGGUGCGCACCGUGCUCGUCAACCAGGGCUACACCAAGACGCCGCUCUUCACAGGGUACCAACAGGGCGUCGAAUUUAUUCUCCCGGCGCUCGAGCCCGAGACGGUCGCGGACGCCAUCGUGAAGCAGGUCCUCUCUGGUGAGAGCGGACAGAUCGUCCUGCCGGCCUAUGGCAAUAUGCUUACGGCACUGAGGGCGUUCCCGCACUGGUACCAGCACAAGCUGCGUGGCGAGUCGAAGAAGUUGAUGGCGAACUUCUCGGGGAGGCAGGUCGUGAAGGAUGUCGAGGGGUUCUAUCAAAAAAGGGGGAAGGGCGUUGAGGGUGAGCAGGAGAGGCCGGAAGAGAGCACUGUGCUUGUGGCAGAGCCCAUUCCUGGCCGGAGUGGUAUCGAGUGA